AUGGCUUCAGAUUCCACGGCCGAGCAACUUCUUGCUUUGGACGAUCAAAGCCUUGCCCGAUACCUGGUGAACAACUGGGGUCCUCGGCAGGUGCUUGAUAUUGGAGCCAUUGUUGACUGGAACACGACACCUGAAACUCGGCAGGAUGAAUUACUCCGGAGGUUCAAAGCCGUUCGUCCCAUGGCCAAAGCCGCGCAGCCCAUAGAUUACAACGAACUCGUGACGAGGCUGGAGGCUAUAUCACGAGCCGAGAUGGAGCCGCCGCUGUGGGACGACAAGGACCUGUUGUUCCUGCACCCCACCACCACGCAGGCCACGACGUGCAGCGGCAGUCCAACGGCGGCAGGGGGCGGCCGCCCGCCCUGCCCGCUUGACCUCCUCAGGGACGUCUACCGGCAGCCGACUGAGCACGUCGAGCUGAUGAAGCCUUGGCUGGGCGACCCGGUCUUCUUCACCGGCAGCGCAGACGAGCUAGGCGUCUUCUCGCGCCCGCCCCAGCGCUGGCGACAGUUUCGACGCUGGCAGGCCGACAACCGCGGCGUCGCACUGCCCGGUGACGAUCAGGACCUUGCUGCCUUUCGCGAGGCGUCAGGUCUCAAGGCUGCUGACAGCACGCAGCAGGCGGCGGCUGAGAUGGCGGGGGAAAGAGAUGGCGACGACGGACAAGUCGAGGCCCGCUGGCGCGCGCGCCGCGAUCGCCGCCGCUGGGAGCGCGAAAUGUGCAGGGAGGUCGGGUCGUUUGCCGACAGCAGCUUCGACGACUAUGUAGAGGCGGUGCGGCGCCGACUGCAUGCCCACGGCUUCACGGACCACUUCCAGCUGCUCCGCGACGCCGACGUGCAGGAUACCCCGGACACUUGGGCCGAAUACCUCGGGUUUGAGUGCUGGUGGCUCGACUGGCGCGACGCCGAGCUCUGGCGCCACAGGGUCCAGCGCGACGCGACCUGGGCGGAGCUGCGGCGGGCUGGGGUCCUGCGAGAUGGGGAGACGGAUGUUGAUGUCCUAGUCUAUGUGAAAGCGGCUCGGAGGAGGAGGAGGUGGCGGGGUCGGGUUGACUUGUCGCCCGUGGCUGGUUUUGGGGUAGGUGAGCAAGGGACGGGCCAGCAGGAGAAGGAGAUGGGAGGGGACGAGGGCGGCAGCAGUUGGCAGAGCGCAACGCGAUUGCGGGAGGACCUCACGAAUCAGCUCUGUCGAGACAGCGAGGCUUGCCGCAGCGCCGAGGCGUUCAGAUCUAGCCAGGUCCUGCUGGUCGCCUGGGCCCGGAGCCAGGUGGUGGAGGUGAUGAAGGAGGCGGAAAGGAAGCGAGGCGGUACCGGGUUGCGCGACGAUGAGAUGGGGGAUGGGGAAGAGGGUGGGAACCCUGAGGAGCGCCUGGCCAAAAGGGACUGCUUGCGGGACGGGUACGUGUACUGCGGGACGGAGGAGCAGCGGGAGCGGUGGCGGCGGGAGAUCGAGGAAAAGAUCAUGGUGGCGAGGCACAGGGCGCUGCUGCAGAUACACAUUAUCACGGCGGAGCUUGAGCGUCAGGCAGAGAAGGAGGAUGCGAAACGGGAGAAGGCAGAAGGGAAAAGGAGGUAG